CUGAGUGCUAAAUAAGGAUGGAGAUAUAUAACCUCUACAUAAAUCAAUAAACCAGGCUGUAUGUUGGGCUGGAUACAUAACCUGUCUGUGCUGUGCAUUUUUCAUUGUUUUCAAAUGGAAAAUUAAGGGAUUUUUCAGUAAAUAUGGCCAAAAACAACAAUUCGGUCCUUUUGGGGUACGAAGACGAGGCGAUUAACGAGAAACACGUGGGUCAAAUUGAUUUUUCCGUUAAUAAAAUCGGCGGGGAACCUGAUUUCUAUGAGCAUGAUAUCCUGAAAUCGGAUAGAGUACUUGACUGCAACCUAUGUAAACUUCCCACCCGUCUAGUCGUUCAGAUUUACGCCCCGUUAGAAAACUCAAAAGACCACAGAACUUUAUAUUUAUUUGCCUGUAUAAAUCCCCAUUGUUGGAACAAAAGUGAAAGCUGGCACUGUUUAAGAAUUCAGCAAAAAAAUGCUGUUUCUAGUGAACCGACUGAGGCUCCCAAAAUGAAAUCUUUUGACUGGUGUGAAGACGCUGAGGAAUGGGGAGACAGCGAAGAUGAAAAAAAAAUGAAUUUAGAUGAAGAAAACUGUAAUAUAAUAAAGAACAACAACGAAAAGUUGUCAGAAGAUGAGGAAAGUAGCAGCUUUGAAGACUCUUUGAGAUCGGGCCUGGUGAAUUUGUCAAUGGAUGAUAAAAACGCUAAUAAUGGAGCGCAAGGUGGGGCAAUGGCCCGUCUCCACCCCCCGAUGGCGACCGCUGAAAUAGAAGGUGACGAGGACGGGGUGGUAUCGGUGGAAAGUCCCACAACCCCGAAAAAUAAUUUACAGGCUCUCCUGCACGGUGGGAACAACGAUUCGGACAACGUUCCUUUAAACACACCGUUCGUAUCGUUCUUUAUGAGUGUCUAUCCUGAAGAGGAGGAGAGUAGUGCGCAAUGUUCUGUAUUGGACAAUCACGUGAAGGAACUGUUGAGCGACUAUCAAAGAAAAGACGCGGAAUUUUCGCCUUUUAGGCAAGAGGGAGGGAUGGGGAGAGGCUCAGGGGCUGUCGAGGACAUGGGCACGGAGGAGUACGAAAAAAGUCGCCCUCUGCACGGUGACAAAAUGUUCCAUCACUUUUUAACGAAAGUCAAAGCUAACCCAGAGCAAAUACUCCGAUACCAUCGUAAAGGGACACCUCUUCUGCUCUACCCUCUUCAAGAGCCAAUAAGGCGUUGCAGAUAUUGCCAGGGGGAGUUGGUAUUCGAGUUUCAACUGAUACCAACGAUUAUUCCUAAACUGCGUUUAGAAUGUGAUACUGCCGACGUCAAUAGGAUGGAUUUUGGCACAGUGCUAGUGUACACAUGUGAAAGUAGCUGCUGGGGUCCCCAGGAUAGUUGGAAAGAAGAAUGUGUUGUGGUGCAAAAGGAGGUUUUGUGAAUAAAACCUCGUUUAAAACACAAUUUUUGUCAAUUAUUAUUUUGGCAAUUGUUAGCUUCUUAGCACCGUAACCAAAGUUGUGAAAUGGAGAUCAACGAAUACAUAUUAUAAUUAGAGGUAAUGUUAGGUAUACUUUGCAUGUCUACGAUAAAUUUUUGACUCAUUUAUUAUACAAUGUUUACCAAUAGCAAUCAUUUUACCCUACUUUUAUUGAAUUAUAUAUAAAAUAUUCACGUCUUAUGUAGCAUUAGAAAGGUUUAAAUUUUGUAGCAGAAGUGGUAAGGCUUAGGAAGUUAAUAAUAUGUAUAUCAAGAAGCAAAUAAAAUCCAUCCAAAGAA